AAAAGCCAUUCUUAAUUAAAAUAAGCGACACCGCUCGACCACUCGACCUCCUUUUUCUUUCUCUCUCUUCCUUGAAGUCUAGCCCUGUUUUUGCCGGCGCACCGCCCUCUCUCUGCCGCCGCCGUUCAUCAUUUUCAGCGGCUGCUGGAGCAAAUUUAAGAAACUUGAACGAAAGGCAGCACCAAUUGAUCGAGGAGUUGAUAAGGGGCUGCUGCAGGAGCGUCGGCCUGAACUGAAAGGUUGAACCAGAGGAUCAAACUCCGAGGAAGCAGAAUAGGAUCCGCAUUGAAGCUCAAGACACGGCCAUAAGUAUAUUGAGAGUAUAUGAACAAUCAAUAAAAGGAGCGGUUCAGUAGUAAUUGAAGUUAUAGUUGGAGAAACCAAGAACAAGUAUUUUGAUGGCUGACCACUCCGACGAUAUAGACCAACUUCUUGACAGUGCUUUGGAUGAUUUCCAGAGCCUUAAUCUCACAUCUUCUGUUCAAAGAGGUGUGGAUGAUAAUGGUUAUAAAAAUGGAGAGGGUUGUUCAUUGACUAGUGGAAACGUUCAAGGGUUAGGGAUGGGGUUGCCUGAUUUGAAAAUCAAGAAAAAGGGUAAACAAAAGGUACAACCAUCGAAGCGAGAAUCACACAUUACGGAAGCACUUGAUCAGCUGAGAGAGCAAACUAGGGAGGCGGUGAAAGGGUUGGAAUCGGUGUCUGGGCCUCGACCCCCAAUGGCUGGAGAUGGCUUUGGUGGAGACCCGAUGAUGGAGGAUUGGGUCAAGCAGUUUGAGGAGCUUGCAGGCUCACAGGAUAUGGAGUCAAUUGUAGAAACCAUGAUGCAACAGCUCCUGUCCAAGGAAAUCCUUUAUGAACCUAUGAAAGAAAUUGGUGAACGCUACCCCACAUGGUUGGAAGAGAAUAAAGGCAAACUCACAGAUGAAGAGUAUGCCCGAUAUUCUCAUCAAUACCAGUUUAUAAAAGAUCUGAAUCAAGUGUACGAAGCUGAGCCUGAAAACUUCAACAAGAUUGUUGAGCUUAUGCAGAAAAUGCAAGAGUGUGGUCAACCACCGAAUGAUAUCGUGCAAGAGCUUGCCCCAGACUUUGAUCUAUCGAAUCUCGGACAAUUGUCGCCAGAGAUGUUCGAGUCUCAACAGAACUGUCGUAUUAUGUGACAGAAGAUCCCAGUGUUGUCCUUAAUCCUGAAAGAAUUUGCAAGUUAUGAAAUAAUAUAGGCUUCGCUUGUUAAUGAUCUUAUGUAUUUAUUUUCCUGUUCUUAUACAUUAGCUUUCAGCUUUGUUGAAUAUCUUUGAGCAUUUUGAUUCACAUCAGGCCUAAGGUUUUUCAAGCAGACUAAUGAUUUCUGAAUGCAAGCCAAAGUGUUAUCCUUAAA